AUGGGGACCCUCCGAGCAGCUGGACUGGUGUACCCCCGCAAGUCGCCUCAGCUCCUGCCUUGGCUUCUGCAUGGCUUUGCUCUGUCUUCCCAGGGCCAGUCCAGGACCACGUCCCAGCCCUCAAGCCCUCCUGAAGGCCAGUUCCCGGACCGUGCCAGCAGCAAGUUCUGCACGUUGGAGGAGCAAGUCAUCUGUCCCAUUUGCCUGGAGGUGUUCCACAACCUACUCACCACCGCCUGUGGCCACAACUUCUGUAUGUCCUGCCUCCAAGCGUUCUGGGGCCACCAGGCUACCAUGGGCGAGACCCUCUAUUGUCCCCAGUGCUGGGAGAGCUUCCCCUCCAGGCCGCGCCUCUGCAAGAAUGUCGUCCUGGAGAUGGUGACCUGCUUCACCCAGACCAAGGGCCAGACCUUGGGGCCCUCUUGCAAACUGGCCGGGCCCAGGGACGUGCCCUGUGACCUCUGUGCCCCUCAGAAGCUCAAGUCAGUCAAGUCAUGCCGAUGCCCGGCCUCCCUGUGCGAGAAGCACCAGUGCAGCCACUUUGCGGAGCAGGUGUUCCGGGACCACCAGCUGCUGGAGCCCGUGUGGGAUCUCAAGAGCUGCUUGUGCCAGAAGCAUCGCAAGCUGCAGAGGCUGUACUGCCGCACGGAAGGCUGCUGCGUGUGCGGGACCUGCCUGCUGGAACAGCACAAGAACCAUGACACUAUCCCCCUGGGGGAGGAGCGAGCCCGCAGGGAGGUGGAGGGGCGGCAGGUCCAGGCCAGUGUGGAGACCCAGAGGCUAAUGAUCACCUCCGACAGCCGGAAGCACCGCGGGCAGGUGGCCUUCCUCUCGAAAUUGAUCCAGACAACACGGGAUGAGGUGAACUACUGCUUCUCAGAGAUCAUCCAGGAGGUCAAACCGCUGCAGGUGAAGGUCUUGGAUUUUGUGGACAAAGAGGAGGCAGCUGCCCUGGGGAAGCUGGGCCGCUCCAUCCAGCCGAGCCACAACCGGCUCCUAAAGCUGGAGGGGGACAGCAUCUGGCUGCGCACCAACCAGAGUGACCAGCAAUUUCGGCAGGAGUUCCCCAGGCUAAAGCACUUCCCAGACUGCAUAGAACCCCUGGUGGGCACCAACUGUGAGAAGAAGCAGAGCUUCCUCCAGCUGCCAGAGACCCUGGCGGAGCUCCGGAGCCAGCUGAUGGAUGUGGGGCUCAGCUUUGUCAACCAGCUCCUCCUGCGGGGCAUUAAAAUGAACUCCUAUGAGGUGCUGCCCUCAGCUGUGGACAGGAAAACACUUCUCAAGUCUGACUGCAACAUGAACUUCCACCCCGCCAUGGACGAGGAGCUCUUCCUGUUCCAGGAGACCCACUGGGUGCUGAACCUGGGCAUCCUCCUGGAGCCCUAUGCCGCGGGCAGCCUUCCCGGCUUCAAGGGGUGGCCGCAGGUGCUGUGCUCGCGCGGCCUGUCCGAGGGCCACCACGACUGGGAGGCCAAGGUGUCCAACUCGUGGGUGUGCCGGGGCGUCACCUACCGCCGCAGCUCCCCACUCAGCGGCCGCCGACCCCGCAACAUCGUCUACCUGCUGGGCCGCAACCCCUACUCCUGGUGCCUGGAGUGGGACGCGCUCAAGUUCUCCGUGUGGCACAACAACACGCAGACCGUGCUGCACGGGCGACCAACGCUCGGCGUGGCGCUUGGUUGUAGCGCCGGCUGCCUGUCUUUCUACAGCGUGGCCGACAGCGGCAGCCUCGGCUACCGCUUCCUCGCCUCCUUCCUGGAGCCGCUGCACCCGGCGGUCACGGUCAGCAGCAGGGCCUUGGUCACGCUCAAGCAGGUGUAG